AUGUCCUAUCUACGGAAGGUUGCUAUUGUCGGGGCUACUGGGAAUAUCGGACGACCUAUUGUUCGAGAGAUCCUCAAGGCCCAAAAACAUGAAGUGACCGCAAUCACACGAACUGUUAGCAAAGCUGUGAUGCCAGACGGAGUCAAAAUUGCGAAAGUCGACUAUGACAAUCAGCCUACCCUAGUCUCUGCGCUACGGGGGCAAGAUGUUCUCAUCAUUACCAUGGCCAGUUCUGCCCCCAAGGAUAUACAACUCAAACUAGUCGAAGCAGCAGCGGAGGCGGGAGUUCCUUAUAUCGUCCCAAAUGGGUGGGGGUCGGAUGCAAGCCAUCCAUUGUCUGACGACGCUUUUAUUGGGCCUGGUCAGCGGGAGAUCUAUAAACGUGUCGAGGAGCUUGGUAAAAGCAGCUGGAUCAAUUUCGUAACUAGUUUCUGGUACGAGUUUAGCUUGGUCGGAGGCACUAACUGCUACGGAUUCGAUAUCAAAAACCGCUCGGUGAUAUUUUUUGAUGACGGCACAGCUCGCAUCAACACCUCGACCUGGAACCAAACGGGAAAAGCCGUUGCAAAUUUCCUUUCUCUAAAGGAAAAACCCGAUGAUGGCGAGGAUGAGCGCAUGGCCAUUUCAGGCUUCAGGAAUAAGAAUGUUUACAUCUCGUCUUUCCUUGUGAGCCAGAAGGAUAUGUUCCAAUCCAUCCUGCGGGUGACCGGAACUAAAGAAGCGGACUGGGAAAUCACUCAUGAGCCGUCGGAAAAGCGAUAUCAAGCCGGGGUUGAAUUGUUCAAACAGGGAGAACGAAUUGGCUUUGCGAGGGCCUUGUACACACGCGUGUUUUACCCUGAGCGCCCGGGAUUUGCCUCUGGUGCAUAUGAGCCUGUUCAUGGCCUUCAGAAUGACUUGCUCAAUUUACCCAAGGAAAAUCUUGAUGAACGGACAAAGUUUGCUAUUGAAAAUAUCGAGGAAUUCCGAACGGGCUACUCUGACAUCAGGUAG